AUGCCUCCUUCAAGACGUGUGCAUGCUAGUGCACCUGUGGACAAAUAUCUUCCUAGCAACAGUUUAGUGAUAGAAAACACCAACAACCAGCAAGAUCAUCAUCUGACACAAGAGACAAACAACANNGGUGCAGGAGUAACAAUAUUCCACCUCGCCACCAACCGCAUCGUCAUCUGCAGAGACACACGCUCAAACGUCUACUUUCUUCCCAAAGGCCGCAAAGACGCAAGCGAAGAAGUCACUACCACAGCAAUCAGAGAAGGCUUUGAAGAGUCUGGAUAUAGAUGCAGAUUACUGCCUUUACCUAUUGAUCACUUGCAACCAUCUCCUGCCGGUGAUACUCAAGAGCAAUGGGUGAUAGAGCCUAUAGCGACGAGACUGAUGCCUGUAGCGAGAGAUUACCAGUAUAUGCUUUUUUGGUAUGCGGCAGAGACGAUACCGGAACAGCUUGAAGGUUCGUUGAAUGCGGUGUCGACGGAUGGGUGGAUGAUGCCUGAGGCAUUUCCUGAUAAUAUGACGUUAAAGGAGAGGGAAAAGCUAGACGUAAAGGAAGAUGGAAUAUAUGAGCCAAAACGACAUGAGGGAACUGGUGUUGAUGAAGACGAGGCUNUUUACGUUGGUCAGUUGGUGGAAGUGGAAGAGGCAAUAAGAUUGUUGGGUGGUACUAGUGCUGAUGUUGUCAGACGAGCUUGGGAAGCCAUUUGCUUGCGGAGGAAGCUAGAAGGAGAAGCGAAU